GUCGAAUCGCGGUUUCGAUUGCGCUCAGCGCGUGCAAGCGAUUUGGCAUGACGUUUUUCAAAGUUUCGAAAUGUGAAACUCGCUGCAUCACGGCGAAAUUUGAUUCAGUGGAUUCAGUUUCGUCGUGCGUAUCUUGAAGUUUUCACGAUGAUGACGCGAAUGUCGAAGAACUACGUCUAUUACCUAAAGACGAGCGGCACCUGCGUCCUUGUGUUCGGGGGCUGUUGGUUUCUGUAUCAACUGAGGCAGAUUUCCCAGAUCGUCCGAUCGGUUGUCAACACGGACGUUCUAAAUUUGGAGCAAACGCGCGCACAAUAUAUCUAUAUCGAUGAUCCUCGGUUCAAAGAUAUUUUUAUGUUCAGGAAAGACGAGGACUCACAUGGACCUGUAUCGGAGAAGCUAGGAAGCCUCAGUGACAUUCUGACGAGAUGGUGGAAAGGGAAGAAUCACAAAAUUGCUUACAAAUUAUUGUAUAUGGCACAACAUGGGAACAAAAACGAACGAUACAAAGCUGUGACUGCUCUUAGCUCUUUAUCGCACUUAAAAGAUUGGCAGUAUUGUCACUUGGCACAAAUGUUGGAUGCUAGAACAGCAAUAGCCCUAGCAAGAAUGCCAAAUGUUAAUCCACUGUUUUUCCUGCAACCACCAUAUUAUCACGUGCAAUAUAACUUAAAUGAUAUAUUGGAAAAAGUACAUUCACUACUGUUAAAUCUGAAUGCUUUGUGUGGCAAUACACAUCUCUGUCUUACACAGUUCCUUAGCAAAAUGUUCAAAGACUCGCAUCGAUAUCUUACAGAAUGGUUUGAUCAUGAUUUGACAAGCGUGGGUCUUUCUGUGGAAACAACAACAGUUUGGGAUGAUGAAUUGCUCAAAAGUUGUGUACGUGCUAUAUGCCAUCAUUCCUCUAUGGAAGAAUAUACCAAACACUUGAUCAAUGCCGGAGCUUUGCCUAUAUUAAUGGCAAUUCAAAAAAUUUGCAACGACGAUGUAGAGAUGUGCACAUUACUUGCGAGGAUAUUAUCCAACAUAUCUCUUCAUUCCGAAUAUUUGGAGAGCAUCUACCAAUCCGGCUGGAUCGGCAUAUUAUCACGAUGGUCUCACAGUGAUGAUCUGCGCCUGUCGGCACAGGCAAUCAGCGCGUUAGUGAACCUGGAUACUGAUGGAAAUGAGAAGGCGAAAUAUCCACAAAAUGUCUAUCUUCUUCAUCCUCUACAUAGAGUACAUGCGGCGACAAAAAUGGAUGUUGUAUUCUUGCACGGAUUACUAGGUGGAGUCUUUGUUACCUGGAGACAACGUGACAUCGAUACUUCUGCACUUGGAGUUGUAGAUGAUAAUAUAUUGAACGAGACUACAGAUUAUUUGUCUACCAUGGUCGACGACGAUCGUCCUCAGGAAUUCUUCAAAGACUUAGCACGUGAUUUGCAUUUGCGUGAAUGGCGAAAGAUAGGUCAAGAUUUUGAAGUUAUAUUGGACGAUUGCCCACAAAAUACAAAUGAUUGUGCAUGCGGACCUUAUUUUUGCAGAGGAGAUGAUGCCUGUAUGAAGAAUGAUUUCGACUGUACUUCAAAAACACUUUGCUGGCCCAAAGACUGGCUACCCGUGGACAUACCAUCCCUACGAAUCAUAGGUAUUAACUAUGGUACGAGCUUAUCUAUGUGGACUCCUUUCUGCCCAAUAGAAAGCAUGAAGAGUACUAUUAAAGAGAGAAGCGAAGAAUUCGUUACCAAAUUGACUAUGGCAAACGUGGGGCAGCGACCACUUAUAUGGGUCGCCCAUUCAAUGGGUGGAUUAUUAGUUAAAAAAAUGCUUGUAGAAGAAUGGAAAACUGGAGAUAAACGCGGUAUCUGCAAGAAUACCAAAGCUAUCCUAUUUUAUGGUACUCCUCAUCGAGGCUCGCACCUGGCUGCUCUGAAGCAAACAACGCAAAUGUUGGUAUGGCCAACGAUCGAAGUUCAAGAAUUACGUGAAGAAUCGCCACAAUUACUAAAAUUGCACGAGGAAUUUUUGGAAAUGUUAAAGAAAUAUCGCAUAGAAAUUGUAAGUUUUGCUGAAGCCAAACCUACACUCGUAACUGCAUUGAAGUUUCCCUUCCAAUUCGUCGGUCUCGAUUCGGCAGACCCUGGCGUGGGGGAAUUCUUCGAGAUUCCGCAGGAUCAUUUAUCGAUAUGCAAACCAGCUAGCAGGCAAUCGUUCUUGUAUCAAAAACUCGUGAGUGUACUCAAACAUCAUGUAAACACUCAGGAAGAAACGACAUUCUCGUCGAUUAGAAAUCUACUUUCCUUGUUGAGUAAGUUACUUUAAGUCUGUGUAUAAGAGAGAUAUAUACGAGGUUUAUAUAUUUUUUAUAUGAAACCGACGGAUGUGUAUGAUCGAUUAUAAAAAGAAUUGUGAUAUAGCAUCAUGUGAUUUGGUCUCUAUUCGAUGCAAUCCUCAUUUAUAAACGAGAAAAUAUUUUUGAUGUAA